AUGGAGAGUCAUUUGGAUAAGCUCGAGAUCAAUUGCGACAUGGGCGAGGGGUUCGGAAGAUGGAAGAUGGGUCCAGACGAGGAGCUCAUGCCGUACAUCGACGCGGCCAACAUCGCAUGUGGCUUCCACGCCGGCGACCCCAGCCUGAUGCUCAAGACAAUACGUCUGGCGAAGAAACAUGGAGUCAAGGCCGGCGCCCAUCCUGGACUACCCGACCUCGUUGGCUUCGGACGUCGACGGCUGGAAAUCGAUCCUCACGACAUGUACACGUCGGUUCUCUACCAAGUCGGCGCGCUCAAGGCCAUGCUAGACGCCGAGGACGUUCCGCUGAACCAUAUCAAGCCGCACGGCGAACUGUUCUUCUACAUGAUGCGCGACGCGCCCGUUCGGAACGCCGUCCUCGACGCCUGUGCUCACUUCCACGUUCCCGUAUACGGAUGUCGUAACCCGGAGUGGAAAGCGCCCUGCGACGAAAGAGGCCUGUUCUUCCAGGAGGAAUUGUAUGUCGACAUCGACUACGACAGAGAGGGGAGACUGGUCCCUGUGGCCAAGUCGCAGAAGGCCAGUCCCGAACUCAUCUCCGGCCGCGUCACAUCAGGCGGCUUGGACGACACCACGCUGGACAACGAAGGCAACACGCUUGUCCUCGGAUUCGAGGGCAGGCCCUUCAGCAUUUGCAUUCACUCGGAUAUGCCCGCGGCCUUGGAAAACGCCAGUGCUGCGAGGAAGGCGGUCGACGAGGUUAAUUCGAAGAAGAGAUUCUCACGGUGA